UAGAAUUUCAUACAGAGACAGUCAUUGUAAGAAAUCUCUUCAUAUUUCCAUUUGUUGGAAGCUUUGAAAUCAAAGCAUUUCUCGAUGAAUCCGGAUCGAGAAACUGGUAGAAAAUGAGGAACCCACGUUAUCGUUGCUUACAAAGGUGGUUGCAAACUUAUAUAGACGUCAAGCUUAUUCCCGUGUAUUUGUUACUUUAUGCAGUCUAUAGAAACAGAAAAAGCAUCGGAAACUUCUUCCGCAAUUGGCAGCAUACUAUCCAACAACUAGCUCACGCCAUAAACAAUAGCAGUGACUGUCUUUUGAAAGCUACCAACGACCUGAAGAAUUACUUACAAGGCAAUGGCUCGGAAGAAGUUCCUGCUAGUUUUGUUCGACUACUUCGUCUAUUUUCUAGCCCCGAGUUUGUUGUUAUCUUUCGAAAUGUUUCUUCAGGAGCAGCUCAAGGAGUUUGUCGGGAAUUGAUAAGUCGUGAAAACGAUAAUAGAAAGAAGAAUUCUAACGUCACAAAAGGGCCCAGUGAAAGACUUGCUUCGUUGGUGAAGAUACUGGAAGUCUUUACAACCCCAAGUGGAGAACAAUUAGUGUCCUUGAUUAUCUCUACUACAGUGAGAGAAGGUUUAAGUGCAGUUUUUGAAAGAUAUGACCGCGAAGCUGCAUAUGCAUUAAAGAAAAGGAGGAACGGAAAUAAUAGACUAGUCGAACUGGGAGGAAAUAACAAAGACAAGGAGCAAACAGAUGACUUUCCUCCCGUUGUAAAGGCCCUUUUAGAUAUGGCUUUAAGCGAUGAAGGUCGAAAGUUCAUGAUUGACUUGGCAGUUGCUAUUACUGCGACUGCUGUGCCUCUGGCGUUAAAAAGUACUCAGAAACGUUCUGGCUAUCCCGUAGCUAAAAUAGAACGCUCUCAUAGAGCGGAUAAUAUACAGUUGACGACAGGCAUGAAGACUCAAGAAAAUAGUCAUACAGUAGAGAGUCCUACCAGUCCAACUAAGAAGCACGAAAAAUCUAAUUCAUUCAUAUUGCCAUUCUUUCGAAAGCAAAAUACUGAGGAAUUCACCUAUGCAUUGAAUGAGAAACAGACGAGAAGUAACGAGCAAAGGUCUUCGCGGGGUACCUCAGCCCCAGGAUUUCUUGACAAGGCGGCCAAGUUCUUUGGAAAGAGUGACAAUAAAUGCUUGUCUCAAGAAAUCGGACAGAACGAUUUUCACGUACAGAAUUCAGUCACUGAUAUCGAAACUUGCAGCACGGAAACAUCGCAACCAUCUUUUCCUGAGAAACUGCUCCAGUCUCUGCUGAAAGACCAUGAGUUGGUAGGUUCUUAUUGUAUAUCAGAAUUUUCUUUUGUUAAACAUUUCGUAGUUGAAGGAAUUGACCAAAACUGCAUCAUUUGAAGUCAUCAGAAGCUAUUUAUUGACCUGUUCUGAAUUGGACAGUCA